AGUUGGUAUUUGGUGUUUGUCAGGGCUGCGUAACCUGUAGCGCCGCACUCCGCCGUGUGCCGCGCGUCAUUUUGCAGGGGUUCCCCAUUGCAACGGCAGGCUCGAGCUCACGAUUCAACAGGAGGAGGGCGGGGGUCAAGUGCCUCUUUUCGGAUGUUUUUGGCCAAUCACUGAAACGUUAAGGUGGAUUUUUAACCAAUGACCACACUGGAGGAGAUGAACCCGGAAGCUCACACUUUUAAAGAAAAAGCCUGUGUGAUGUGCAGAUAUUUCAAUGAAUGAUCGGUCGGCUGACUGCGAAAGGGAAUAGGAGGAUAUUCCACCGGGAAUGAAGCACCUCCCCUUUAAUCGGUCGGUUGAGUUUCUGUCGGAGCUGUGAUCGCUCGCUUCACUCGCACAUUUGCUGUCAGUGGGUAGAGGAACUCCGAUGGAUAUCAGUGCUCUUGAUUUCGUCCCAGAAGAGCUGCUGUUUUCUUUUUUUCGCCUGUCCUUCCGUGGAAUAAAGAGCGCGGAAGGUUCUGUCUCUUCUCCGUGUCGUUUUAUUGCCACCGACAUGAAGAAAAGCGGAGUAAAGCAUCCAAAGUGGCUGGAGGACUGAAUAGGGCUGCCUCCUGUCUCUCUUCACCACACACAAGCACGUUUGGAAACUGAGCCACGAUGGCCAAGUGGCUGAAGGACUACCUGAGCUUUGGCAGCAGGAAGGUGCCUCCACAGCCACCCACACCAGACUACACCGAGAGCGAGAUCCUCAAAGCAUACCGACUCCAGAGGGACCUGGACUUCGAGGAUCCCUAUGAGGAAUCUGAGAACAGGUCCAGGGGCGAGUCUGUGACUUCUGACCCCGCCACACCGGUGUAUGGGUCUCCCAUGAAGUCAUCCAGUUUGGAUUCGAAGUCUCCUAAACACAGACUGAUCAAAGUGGACUCUCAGGAACUGGGGCGCACCAAGAUCCUCCUCAGUGCCAUCUCUUUAGAGGACCAGCAAGAGCCUGUGGUGCCUUCUGCUCCGCUGGCAGGGGACACAGAUUAUUCUGACCCAUUCGAUGCUCGAUUGGACCACAGACCCGAGCCAGAUCACGGACCUGUUCCCUGUGAGAACAACGGCUACAUGGAACCAUAUGAGGCCCAGAGGGUCAUAACAGAGCUGCAGCGUGGCCCAGGAGGAGGACGGGUGCGUGGCGGGGUGCAGCUCUACGACACACCCUAUGAAGAUGAGCGAGGCAAGCGCCUGGGCCUGGUGUAUGGAGAACCUCAGGAGGAGGGCAAGGAGAGCAGCAGGCUGCCACAAGACGAUGAGAGACCAGCCGACGAGUAUGACCAACCCUGGGAAUGGAAAAAGGACCACAUCUCCAAAGCUUUUGCAGAAAUGAGGGAGUUGUCGGAGUUGCCCUGGCCUGCCCCAGUGGGUCAGCUUGAGGAGGAGCCCCCCGUCAGAGAGCAAGUGCAGUUUGACGGUGCAGAGUGGGACCGAUCCUCGUCGCCCACAGAGCGGUUGCGUCCGGGGCCCAGGUCCAGCCCGCUGGCAGGAGGGGGGAUGAAGUUUCGAAUGCCGCAGGAGGGCCUUGCAACGGUGGGAGAGAGAGUGGACCCUACCCUGCCUCUGGAGAAGCAAGUAUGGUACCAUGGAUCACUGUCUCGUUCUGAGGCCGAGUCGCUGCUAACGCUGUGUAAAGAGUGUAGCUACCUGGUGAGGAACAGUCAGACCAACCGCUCCGACUACUCCCUGUCCCUACGCAGCUGCCAGGGUUUCAUGCACAUGAAGUUCACUCAAUGUAAGGACGGCAAGUACGUGCUGGGACAGAACAGCCCUCCCUUUGACACCAUCCCAGAGGUGAUACACUUCUACACCACACACAAGCUCCCGAUCCGAGGUGCCGAGCACCUGUCCCUGCUGUUCCCUGUGCUGGUGCAGACACUCUGACUGACCCGAAAACUCCUCCUGGACCUCCAGGGUUUCAAUGUGUUUGGACAAUUAAAACUUGAAUGUUUGACGGAAUCUUCCCAGCGGUGCUCCAUUUUUCUGUUCUUGUUGGGCUGGACUACUUUUGACUAUUCAACACACCACGGGGCUAAUGCCCUCACCCACCACUGCUGUUGUACCUGUGCCAAGUAUCUCUAACUUCCGGGAGAUCGAUCACAUGAAAUGCAAUACCUGAACUUUAGGCCACCUUUACUGUAACUCCUCUCUCUCGUCUCUUUGCUGAACCAAGGGGACUAACAUCAGGACAUCUAAAGUUCUCCCUUUCCCUAUUACAUUGCUCUCACAGCCGACUGAAAUGCAGGGUAAGUUAGUAGAGCUGUAGAUGGGAGAAAGUCUGUAUAUUCUGAACCUAGCUCCAGUUCACAAAAGACCUGCAGAAGACUGAGAUUAAAUUACUGCUGUUCCACAAAAAAACACCUCAUCAACACUGGUAAAAUAUUGCUGCUGUCAGGUAAAAACCUUGCAAGUUAUAUUUUGCUAAAUUUCUUGUUUAUACCAGAAUCAAUAAAUUGAAUUGUAAUGUAUAGGGUGAGAAACCUUUGUCAUCCUUGGGCUCAGAAAACCCUAUUGUAAAUGUUCAAAGAAACUGCUAUUUUUGAAGAUAAAAGUUUUUAACCAACAGCAGUGAUAUUCCAGAUGCUUUUCUACAAAAAGUCACACCUGUUCAUUUCAUCCAGUCCAUUCUGUACCGUCAUGCUGCUCUAUGUUGAGGAUAUGCUUAACAUAUCUCCAUGUUACUCAUUGAUUGUUCAUUGUAAGGAACAGAAUUGGUACUUGUGUUGACCAUGCUGACCUGUAACUCUUGUUGUCUACAUUGCAUUUGGUAGACAAUGCUGGGUUUGUAAAAAAGCAGCCUGUCACUGUUGUCAUUGUCUUUUCACUGACUUUUGCUGCAGGCUAAAUCUAAAGCUAAGAGAUGCUAAUCGGGAAACACUGGACACUCUCAAGCAAAUUCUCAAACUUUGUGAAUGUUGGCCACGUUCUCACACUUCCUACAUGUUUGAUCACAGAUUUUCCGUCUGGCCAAGUCCUUACAUGCUGGUUGAUGACUUGUAUUUGAGUUAAAGGCUUGCCAUCUGGAAUGGGUUUUCACGUCUGCUGCCUGGUUGCAGUGUUGUGUGGCAAAAGUUGAUUUUAGAUGAGAGCCAAUUUCUACUUAACACAUUUUAUGACCAUUGGAAAUGAAAAAUGGAAAAAUUAUUUAAUUCAUUGUUUUUUAAUCCAAAAGUCUAUAUUGCCUGUGUUGCAUUAAUUAUUAUUGUUAUGGCCAUUUUCUGUCAAUAGUAAAAUAUGACAGGUUGUAUAAUUUACCUGCUUUGUUGAAGUAUCUCAUCUGCACUCAAAACAAGUUUUUGUCAAGAGUGUACAAUAUACAGUUUGUGUUGAUCUUCAUGUCAAUCAGUGGUUCCCAACCUAAGGGCCAGGACCCCCACAAGGUGGUUUGGAGAUGAAUUUUUGAUUUGAUGGAUAUUUACCUCUUUCAGACUCUAAAAAUGAAUCAAUAAAAAAUUGGAUACAGAAAAAUAACUUGAAUUGUUCACAACUCAUAACCAAGAACCUAUGAGUGGUUGGUAUUUUGGGGUCACAUGCAAUAAGGGUUUGGAAACCAUUUACGUAGAUGAAAAAUCCUUUUGUUCUUAUGUUUGAUUCAAAAAGACAACAUCCCCCAAGAUAUUCUGACCAAGAGCAUUGCUGAUCAAAUUUCAUAUAAUAGACACAUAUGCAACUCAGAAAGAAGAAAAAGAGACAUAAAGGACUUGGCUAGAUUGCGUGCUUCACAUACUCAAACACGCACACAUUUUCUCUCCUCCAUCCAUUAACAGCAGGCUUGGGAGAGAGAGGGUUAGAACUGGGGGUGAGGUGUGGCUGAGGAGGGGUGAGGCAGCCCUCAUUAUUUGGGCUGCGCUGCAGUGAAAAGCACUGGGAUUGCUUUCAUUACUGAGCCAAAUGAAAAAGCAGGGGCUGAUUACCCGUGUGACAGAGAGAGGAGACGAGCUGGAUCAUUCUCUACUGGGGAGAAAGAGUGAAGGGAGGAAAAAAAGGGAAGGAGGGAGAUGAGGGAA